AUGUCAAUGGCGUGGCGCAAGGACACACUAAGGGGAUUCGAGUGCCAAACGCCUCUCCCCAAAGACAUCAUCAAUGUCAAAGCUGGGGACAAGCUCACUGCCGAGUGGCACCACACGCUCGAUUCCAAGCCCGAGACGGACAAGUCAGAUCCAAUUGACCCUGGUCAUUUGGGUCCCAUCAUGGUCUACCUUGCCAGAGUCGAUGAUGCUUUGUCUACCAAAGUGACGGGACUCAAGUGGUUCAAGAUCUACGAGGAUGGUAUGGAUGCUAAUGGCGAGUGGGCCGUUACUAGACUCUACAACAACAAGGGCCUGGUAGACUUUGUACUGCCGUCGUGCAUUCCCAGUGGACAAUACCUCCUCCGCGCAGAGCUCAUUGCUCUCCAUGCCGCCUCAAACUACCCCGGUGCUCAACUCUAUAUGGAGUGUGCUCAAAUCAACGUGACAGGAGACCCCCACCCCCUCCUCGCCCAAGUCCCCCUAACACUCUCGCCCUUCCUCUCCCUCCCCACAUCCGUCCCCCUGCCAUACUCCUACGUAACCCUUCCAUCGACGCUGCCUCCCUCGAUCCUCUCCCAGCAGCAGCAACAACAAGACCCGUCCAACCCCAACGCCUCUGCGUCGAAGCCAGCAUACGUCACCUCAUCAACGGGCACAUCAGCGCAUCCAGACCAGAUACUCACGUCGUGUGUCGCGCUACAAGAGCACCUGGCUAAGCUAGAAGCGGACGCGAGGAGGACGUUGGCGGAGUGGGAGGAGAGGCGGCGGAAGGAGGAUCUCGCGGAGAAGAGGAGGGUUGCGCCUGGGUGGUUGGACAGUGGUGUGCAUAUUAUUAAGCCGGAGGGACCUGGUGACAAUAAUGCGUCGGCCAAGGAAGAAACGGUGCAGGAGCAGAACCUUAUGGAUCUAGAUCCCCAGGCGGAGCGCAAGGCACAAGAAGGCGAGGAGCUGGACAGGGUAUUUGGCGGAUUACAGGUUUAA